AAAAAAUCGUGAAAUGUCUUUGAUCCUCGGUUUAGAUUCUUCAUCCGUGAAAUGGAGCUAAGCAGAAUUGUCAGUUUAUUAAUGAAGCAUGGCUUGUGUUGAACAAGACAAGCUGGGUCAAGCAUUUGAAGAUGCUUUUGAAGUACUGAGGCAACAUUCAACUGGUGAUCUUCAGUACUCCUCAGAUUACAGAAAUUACCUGGCUUUCAUCAACCACUGUUCUCAUAUCAGAGGAAAUUCCAACAGCUAUGGUGUGCUGCCCACAGAGGAACCGGUCUACAAUUGGAGAACAGUAAAAAACAGUGCUGCGGACCUCUAUUUUGAAGGAAAUAUUCAUCAGUCUCUGCAGAACAUCCCUGAAAACCAGCUGGUGCAACCUGCUCUUCUCCAGCAAAAGGGAGGAAAAGGCAGGAAGAAGCUCCGACUGUUUGAAUACCUUCAUGAAUCCCUGUGUAAUCCCGAGAUGGCAUCUUGUAUUCAAUGGAUAGAUCAAACCAAAGGCAUCUUUCAGUUUGUAUCAAAAAACAAAGAAAAACUUGCCCAACUUUGGGGGAAAAGAAAAGGCAAUCGGAAGACCAUGACUUACCAGAAAAUGGCCAGAGCACUGAGGAAUUAUGGAAGAACUGGGGAAGUCAUCAAAAUCCGGAGAAAGUUAACUUACCAGUUCAGUGAGGCCAUUCUCCAAAGACUGGCUCCAUCUUAUUUCUUGGAAGAAGAGAUCUUCUACUCACAGUGUGUUCAACCUGAUCAAGGAUAUCUCAGUUUUAAUAACUGGAAUGCAAAUUAUAAUUAUACAUAUGCCACUUACCAUGAUCUAAGUCACCCUGAUUGCUAAAUAUACUCUUAUAUAUCAAAAUUUUCUGGCAUCAGAAAUCCCUACGAGUUUUAGGAUUUUUCUCUGAAAGCAAAUACUGAAAAACAAAACAAAAACCCCGAACUUCAUUAUUGCUAUCUUUUAUGAAGUACCGUAUAAUCUAUACUAACUUGGUGAAAAAUUUUGCCAGUGAACAACU